AGCCACGCCCACAAAAUCUGUUUACAGAACUCCAUUUUGAAGACAUACUCUAUUCCUGGACCUGGACCACUUCGCUGUCUUUUAAGGUUUUAUAUUACUGGUCUCGAGAAUUUUUAGAUUGACAUCGAGUGGGCUUUGGUAUAAUCCAGGAUGCGGCUGAGUCCAAGAGAGCAGGAGAGUCUCUUGGUUCAUCAAGCAGGCGCCCUCGCUCAGAAAAGACUUGCACGAGGCGUGAAGCUCAAUCACCCAGAAGCUAUAGCUCUCAUUGCAUCUCAGAUGCAGGAGUAUGUAAGAGAUGGAAACCCAGUUUCUGAAUUGAUGAACAUUGGAAGACAGUUAUUAGGUCUGCGUCAGGUUUUGCCUGGAGUUUCUGAGAUGAUCCCUGAAGUUCAGAUCGAAGCCACCUUCCCUGACGGCACCAAGCUGGUAACCAUCCACCAACCUAUCGCCAGAGAGAAUGGGGACCUGAAACUCGCCCUCUACGGUAGUUUCUUGCCAGUUCCCGAACUGUCCGUCUUUGAUCAGCCUCAACUCUCACAGAAUGGUCCAGCCGAUGCACCCCUAGACAUCCACCCUGGGGAAUACUUUGGAGCAUCGGACGAACCUAUCGCCCUCAACACCGAUAGACCAACCAAGAAACUGAAAGUCACCUCCACCUGCGAUCGACCCAUUCAGAUUGGCAGCCAUUAUCAUUUCAUCGAAGCAAACAAGUAUUUGACCUUCGACCGUUGGGCUUCCCUGGGUAUGCGAUUGAAUAUUCCGUCAGGUACAGCAGUACGCUUCAGCCCCGGAGAGACGCGAGAGGUCAAUCUUGUUAAUAUUGCUGGAAAGAGAGUGAUCCGAGGUGGCAAUGGAUUGGUAGACGGACCUGUCUCAGGAGCCUCAGAGACCGUGCUGAGAGAUAAGAUCGUCCAGCAAUCCUUUGGGAACCAGUCACAAGCGGUUGCAGAGACUGUCUCAAACUUCAGAUGCUUGAUGCCAAGGAUGAACUACAUUCAUACGUAUGGACCAACAGUUGGAGACAAGGUGAGGCUCGGAGAUACAUCGCUUGUGAUUGAAGUGGAACAAGAUUUGAUUUCUGUGAUUAACGGCCAGUUGAAGUAUGGAGAUGAAUGCAAGUUUGGUGGUGGCAAGGUCUUGCGUGAAGGAAUGGGUCAAGCCGCUCAUCUUGCAUCCAAGGAAACCUUAGAUACAGUCAUCACAAACGCCCUCAUUGUUGAUGCAGUGACAGGUAUCGUCAAGGCAGACGUUGGCAUUAAGGAUGGGAUGAUAGUUGGGAUCGGGAAGGCAGGAAACCCUGAUGUGAUGGAUGGAGUGACUGAAGGAAUGGCAGUUGGCGUGGAAACGGAAGCCAUUGCUGGAGAAGGAAAGAUCCUGACAGCUGGAGGGUUGGACGCUCAUAUUCAUUUCGUCUGCCCUCAACUGGCCAGGGAAGCUAUCGCUUCUGGGUUGACCACCAUGUUCGGAGGUGGGACAGGACCAGCCACCGGUACCUGUGCCACCACCUGCACCCCUGGACCAAAUCACAUCAAAAAUAUGAUCCAGAGCACCGAUGCUUUCCCUCUCAAUUUUGGCUUCACCGGGAAAGGGAAUACCUCCAAUUCUGAUCAAGAAACUUGCAGAGAGCUUGAAGAACAGAUCGAAGCAGGAGCUAUCGGGAUGAAGUUGCAUGAGGAUUGGGGAUCGACGCCUGAAGCAAUCCGUACUUGCCUGCGUGUUGCCGAGAGACACGACGUGCAGGUUAUGAUUCACACGGACACACUGAAUGAAUCUUGCUGCGUGGAAGACACCAUAGCUGCAUUUCAGGGUCGGACCAUUCACACAUACCAUUCAGAGGGUGCUGGAGGAGGCCACGCCCCUGAUAUCAUGAAGGUGGUGGGCGUGUCCAACGUGCUGCCGUCAUCCACCAAUCCGACCCGUCCGUUCACGGUGAACACCAUCGACGAGCAUCUCGACAUGCUGAUGGUCUGCCACCAUCUGGACAAAAACUUGAAGGAGGAUGUUGCCUUUGCUGAAUCUCGUAUCCGAGCCGAAACUAUUGCUGCUGAAGAUAUCCUCCACGAUCUGGGAGCUAUUAGCAUGGUGUCCUCCGAUUCUCAGGCAAUGGGUCGUGUUGGCGAGGUGAUUACCCGGACUUGGCAGACAGCAGACAAGAUGAAGAUAUUCAGAGGGAGACUUGGAGGUGAAACGGGAGAUAAUGAUAAUUUGAGGGUCAAGCGUUACAUUGCCAAGUACACGGUCAAUCCAGCCAUAGCCCAUGGAAUGGGACACCUCAUUGGUUCUGUCCAGGUUGGUAAAAUGGCAGACCUGGUGCUGUGGAAUCCAGCAUUCUUUGGAGCUAAACCUGAUCUCAUCAUCAAAGGAGGUCAAAUUGCCUGGGCACAGAUGGGUAUGCCUAAUGCCUCAAUUCCUACCCCCGAACCUGUGAAAACAAGAAAGAUGUUUGGUGCCUAUGGGAAGUCAAUUGGCGAGACGUCGGUGAUCUUUGUGUCAAAGGCAGCGGGUGCGGAGAUUCAACAGAAAUACGGUCUAAACAAGAAAGCCGUACCCGUCACAAGCUGUCGCUCCGUCAAGAAAGAGGACAUGAUCUUGAAUGACUUCUUACCAGAUAUCAAAAUUGAUGCAGAGUCGUACAAGGUGACAGUUAAAGAUGAAGGGAAGGAUAAAGAAGAACACUUGACCUGUCCUCCGGCCAAAAGGAUCGCUCUCGCUCAGCGUUACUUCCUCUUCUAAGUUCCAUGAGCUCCAGACGGUUUAAAAUCACUCAAUUUCUAUAUUUUUGUCUCACCUGCGAAGCAAAGUGAGACUAAAGGG